AUGAUAUUUGUGAAGAUCAUUCAGAUGUGUCUUCAUUUAGAUAAUUUAUUAUUUACAGGCUAUACUUUAGAUCUGACAAAUAUACCAAAUAAACAGUUUAAGAUAUGUGCUGUAUUUGACAGUUUCAGUAGUCAUGGUUCGAGUAAAAAAGAAAAGGAAAAAGCUCGUUUUGAAGCUCAGAAACAGAGAGCAAGACAAGUUCAGCAGAAACCUGAUAUUAUUACACCAUCCUUUCCACUCUUUGGUGCUCCUAAAAAGGUUGAUACACCUGAUGAAUCUAGUCAAAAAAUCCAGCGUGUCUUGGGUAAAUACAAUGAAGUAAGACCGUUUGAAAAUACAGGACCAAUCAUAGGGGUAUCACCAUCUACACCAUCAACCCCUGUAACUGCUGACCCUAAACAUGGAUUCUUCUCAUCUGGAUCACAUCAACGUGUAAAUGGUCAACAUAAACAAUCAGACAGUUCGGGACGAAAACCAGAUCCUAAUCGGUCAUUCAAUAUUCCAAAUGCUCAUUCCAGUAGUCGGGAGUCAGCCUCCAGUAAUACAAGGAAAAGUUUACCACAUUUUCAAUCCACUUCUUCACAUCCUAGUCAUGACAAGUCUAAAUCUCGUUCUCCUGUCAAAGUCCAUCCCUUCUCUCAUUCCUCACCAGCUAAACCUGCAAACCCACGACCAAGUGUCAGCCCAGUGACUACCUGCACUCAAAAACCUAAAAAGUUGUCAUUAGAUUCCUACCGAGCUGCCCUGGAUGCAUCUAAUAAUAAAUCUUCUUCCCUCAAUACUUCAACCAUAUCACAAGAUUCAAAAUCACCCACCGAUCACCAGCAAUCUACUCACAAGUCAAUGAAGCCAUCUGGAAAGGGACCAAUGUCUCCACCUAAUGGUAUUGUAUCAGAGAAUGCUAGAUCUGGAGUACGUCCACCUAAGCUUGUCAUACCAGAUACACAGAGUAAGAAUGCUGACAUCCUUGAUGAAAUAUUCAAUGAGAUGACCAUACAACCACCUUUAACUGGAAUUCAUACACCACGAAAAACUGAGGAUAAAUUUCCUUUCCCUACCACAACUGCUCCUGUCACUACUCAUAAGACUUCUAAAGUUGAUGAUGUACCUUUACCCAGUAUUUCAACUGCAGAAACAGAAGUUAAAGAUGAUAAACCUACAGUAACUACCAGUGUCACAAAAUCACCCCCAAUCCCUCAUGCCACUGUUGAAGCGAAGCCCAAACCGGAUUUAGCAGAACGAAGAGGAGGGACUACUGCCAUGAAACCUAGCAAUAUCAACAGAGUAUUGGACAGAUUGAGUCAUUGGAUUAGUCGAUUAAAGAAAAAGACAUUAGCAGCUAGAUGUAGACCUAGGACGCCUCCUUCCUCUAGUAGUGACAGUUCUAGUAGUGGUUCAGAAUCAGGAUCAGACAGUGAUUCCAAUAAUUCUGGUUCAGAUUCCGAUUCUGAUGAUGAUGAAGAUGAAAAAGAAGAAAAAGAGAAAGAAGAGAAAGAAAAAGAUGAAUCAAAAGAAAAAGAAGAAAUCAAGAAAGAUUUAGACAAAUCUGUUGAUUCUACAUCAUCUACGGAAAGUCAACCGAAUCAACCAAAAUGGAGUCUAGUUCAGUUUAUCAAUAAACCCAAAACUUCUCCAUUAUCUAAUACCAGUACUGGUAGUAAACCUAGUGGAGGGAGUAAGAUAGAUGAGGAGAAUAGCGCUAUGUUAGAUGAUCUAGUGACUAGUAAAUCGUUAAAAGAUAUUGGACCUUCGUCAACCUUACCAUUUGAUAUUCCAAUCAGUAGUGACAGUGAUGAUGAUGUCACUUUGCCAGGAUGUGAUGCAGAUCGUUUACAAAAUGGUGAAAAUUCAGAAAGUGAAAUAUGUCAUAGGAUUAGCUGUUCUCCAUCUGCCUUAAGUUCAAGCAGUAGUGAUUCUGACACUUGUGAUGUUUCAAUGUCAAAACCCACAGGAAAACAUCCUGUAAAACGCCAACGUCAGUCUAGCUCAAUUAAAUCAACCAAUGACAAAGUGAAAAAAGACGGCAAGUCUUUGAAAAAGAGUCAUUCUAGUGUGAACAAUUUGAAAUCUACGGAGUCCAAACACAAAGAGGAGAGAAAACGAAAAUUAACUUCGACCAAACGUAAGAAAAUCCUUUCAAGGGAGAUUAUUGACUCUGAUAGUGAUAUAGACGUUGAUGUGGUCUCUGUUACCCCAGACACUAAACAUACUGCUCCCAUGUCCUCCAAUCUUUCCGACCACAAUCAAAAUGAUAAACUCUCCAUAACUAAGCAACUGUUCUCAUCACCUAAAAACUCUCAUGAUUCGUCUGACUCAAAACUCAAUAAUUCUCAAUCAUCUAGUGGUAAGCCUUCCAAAUUGGGUCGCCACAAAGAUGAUGUUGAACAUAAAAAACAUUUAUAUAAGAAAAACCAUAAAGACAAUGUGAAAAAAAUCAUACCAGACUGUUAUAAAUCUAGUGAUGAAGAUGAAAGUACAGACUGCGCACAGGAUGUUGAGGAAAUAUUUGAAUCAACGGAAGAUUUCCGUCCUCCAAGUCUCCAUUCUCCUCUUCCGUCAUAUCCUUUCGGACCCUGCAAAAAUAUGACUUCACCUUCCACGGACAAUAAAAGUCUCGCCUUACAAGAACUCAGUAUUAAGUCUUUACCAUCUCAAAAGUCUACCAAAUCACCCAUAUCUAAACAUGAUAUUAAAAACCAAAUUGUUCCCUCGAAAACAGACGAAUCAGUUGUUGUGAAAAUUAACCUGUCACUAAUUAAAAACCUUAAGAAAGAACCUGUGAAAAAAUCUGAGCCUGAACCAAUUAAAAAAUUAACUAAAGAUAAAAAAGAACCUAGUGUAAAUGUGGAUGUGAAAUCUAGUGAAAGUUCCUCUGGCAAGGAAAAUGUAAAAAAAUUGAAAAAAGUGAGUGAAUCUGUGGAUGAUUGUGUUUCUGUUAAAAAGGAAAUUGUGACAAAUGUCGUGAAGGCUUCGCCUGUGAAAGUGACGAAAAAGGAAUCAGAUUCUGUGAAACAAUCGACUAUUGUGAAAUUGGAAUCAGAAACAGUGAGUAAGAAAAGUAGUAAGUUGAGUGAAAGUAUGUUAUUGAAAGAAGAGGUGAAAAAAGACAAAGAUUCCACCUCGAGUAAGAAAGAGUCUAAAGAACCACGGACUAAAGAAACAAAAGCUAGUAAGAGGAAGAGUGAGAGUAGUUUAUCAAAUGAUAAUAGUGCUAAAAAACAUAAAUCCUCGUCGUCAACUUCUACGUCAAGCAAGACUUCAUCAUCUAGUUCCAGUCAUUCUACAUCAAAUUCUAAAAAAUCUUCAUCAAACCCUACAGAAAAUGGUAUAGAUAUAGAUACAGAAGACGAGAAACGACCACACAGUCGUAGUGAACGCAGAAACAGUACGUCCAGUACAUCUAGUCGUCAUAGUAACAAAUCUAAUCAAUCGAAAAAACCUAAAUUAGAAUCGAAAUCAAGUAAAGAAUCCAGUUCUGAUAAAACUAAGAAGUCAAGUACACCAGUACAUCAGAAUGGUAUAGAAUCUAAUAAUCAUCAUAUACCAUUCAGUAAAUAUAGUGAUAGUAGAGUACCAUCUUCACCAGCUAAAUCUUUAUCAUCAUCUUCUAAACCACAGAUUAGAUUAGAUGAACAUAGUGUAGAUCAUUAUUUAUCUAAAGGUAAAGAAUUAAAACAUAAAGCUGAUCCUUUGAGAGAUAAACAGCCUCUACAAUCAUACUAUACAUAUACAGAAGCUGUAUUAGCCUAUAUACAGGGUGCUUAUUCCAUGGAACAGAAGAAAACUGAACCACAAAGAGUGUUUACACUUUAUAAUGAAACUUUACAUUUAUUAAAAUGGUUUACCAGUAAUAUUAAACUAGAUUCUGCUGCUCAUGAUAAAAAAUUAUCAGGAUUAAUAUAUCGUAUUCAGUCAAUAUUGUAUUUAAAAAUGUAUUAUUUGAAGAAAAAUGAAGGGUUAAAAUUUAAGAAAAUUAUUGAAUCACAUGAACAGAGUAAGGUUACUAAAGCACCUCAUGCUCCAUCUCCUCACCAAGGUUGGAAUCGUAGUACUGGUAUACCAUCACCCAUGUCACCAACACCUUCACCUGCUGGUAGUAUAGGUUCAGUCGGAUCACAGGGAAGUUGUGAGUUAUCUGCUAAUAAACCAAAUGGUACAGCAUCAUCUAUUGCUGCAACUGCUAACUCAACCCCAAUGGCAUCACCAGGUUCUGUCAGCAUACCACAGAGAAUUCAUUCCGUAACUCAGCAAUAUAUUACUAUCUCGGGUUAUCUGGUCAAUGCUAGGGAACUUUGGGAUAAAGCUGAAAUUAUUGCCAAAGAAUGUCAUUCAUUUUUUGAUUGUUUGAACAAGCAAGCCAGCCCACUUAUAUAUACACCAAAUUCUUCUCCUCAACUUGUUCAUUAUGUACAGAAAGGUCUACAAUGUUUAAAAGACACAUGA